CGGAAGCGGAAGUGUAACGAGUUUCUCGGGCGAGUGAGAGUCUGAGAGAGAGGGAGCAGGAUGGUUUCCUGGAUGAUUUCCCGAGCUGUGGUGCUUGUAUUCGGGCUCUUGUAUCCUGCAUAUUCAUCUUACAAAGCUGUGAAAACAAAGAACGUGCGGGAGUAUGUACGAUGGAUGAUGUACUGGAUCGUCUUCGCACUCUUCAUGACAGUGGAAACCUUUACAGACAUCUUUGUUUCCUGGUUUCCGUUUUAUUAUGAGAUUAAGAUGGCUUUUGUGAUCUGGCUCUUGUCUCCAUACACACGCGGAGCCAGCCUCCUCUAUAGGAAGUGCAUCCAUCCCGCGCUUUCGCUAAGGGAGAAGGAAAUCGAUUCCUACAUUUCCCAGGCAAAGGAGCGAAGUUAUGAAUCCGUCGUGAGCAUCGGGCGCAAAGGCCUUAACAUCGCAGCCACCGCCGCUGUUCAAGCUGCCGCCAAGAGCCAAGGCGCACUGGUGGGCCGCCUCCGCAGUUUCAGCAUGCAGGACUUGCGCGCACUCCCAGAUGAUGCCCCCAUACACUACAGAGACCCCCUGUAUCCAGAUGCACCAGAACUGCACCGCAGGCCAAUCGGUUACCCGGCCCCUUCCCAGAAUGACAGCGACUCUAUGGACGAGCGAUGGUCAGACUCGGAGGUGUCGGAGACCAGGACGUCGGCACGAACGCGGGGGGGUCUUCCACCCAAACCCUUACAGAGGAGUCAGAGUCUAAGGGUAAACAAGAAGAAGGUGCUGACCCGAGAGGGCUCUACAAAAACUGUCAAACCCAGAGCCAAGAAGAAGGCUGUGCAGUCCGAGCCCGAGAACUAGCGUGUGGACGAAGAACGAGGAAAGCUGCCUUUAAUACAGCCCAAAAACACUGAAUUUUCACACGGACCGCGUGUUACAAUCUCUGUAUAUAUUUAAAUGUCUAGGAAAGCACAAGUCUGUUUGUAUGCAUCAAUGAACCCACGUUAUGGUGCAGGAUCAGAUAUCUUCCUCUGUCCUGGAGGAUAUCUUGGCUCCAGAUACCUUCCGAAAGACCACCUUUCUCUCUCAUUACACUUUUCCUUUUUAGAACAUCUUCCUUUGCAUCUUUCUCCUCUCUCUCUUCCCAAUAUGUUUCCUGUGGCACUUCUUCCCUGCCCGUUCGGUUUGGGCAGACCGCCUGGUAGCGGGUGGAAGGGGUUAGAGGGAGAUUGCCUGGCGCCGUGCCCUGGGUAGGAGUAGUUGGCACAGACUGAUUUUUAUGUACUGGUUGUGCAGGUUAGGGAUAAAGUGCCUGGCGAUACAUACUCAAUGGGGUGGGGGUGGGGGGUUGUGAAUAAAGUGCCUGGUAUUAAGUAAUGGCAGGAUGGGGGUACGUCUGAGAUGCCAUCAAGUAACCCUAAAAUGUUUAUUGUAUAAUAUUCUCUCCCACUAAGCUCAGUACAGCUUCACCCCUACCACACUCUUCAUGUUAUCCUCUGAAGCUUGGUCCGAUAUGGUAGUUCAUGCUUUAAAUCCUGAUU